CCUGUCGUCAGGAGCCUCUUUUGCCGGAUUCACCAUCCUCCAACUACCUGAGACUUUAUCCUGAUCAUGGCUGUCACAAACCAACCAGGCCGAUACGCACCUUCUGACUUCCAGACAGGAUUGUGUGAUUUCUGCGAUGACUGUGGAACUUGUUGCUAUGGUCUGUUCUGCUACAUGUGCCUCGGCUGCUCCAUCGCCAGUGACAUGGACGAGUGCUGCCUGUGUGGUCUGCAUAUGAGCAUUCGCAGCGUGUACAGGACCAAGUACAACAUCAAUGGGUCAUUGUGUACAGACUUCAUAGCACACACAUUCUGUGGCCUCUGUGCCACGUGCCAACUGAAGAGGGACAUUGACCGCAGGAAGGAGCAAGGCAUUUUCUAAAUUGAUACCGUCGCCAGGCACGUUGUAAAUGUGCUGGUUUUCUUUGCUUAUUGCGGAACCUGAAGAUACCGCCCUUUCCUUCUCUGAUAAAGAGGUUAAUUAGGUUGUAUUCAGUGUAAUGUGUGUCGGUAACAGUGUAGUACAUUUGCUAUCCUUCUGAAUUUGAAGGAAAAUGCGUAAUCUCUUCCAGUUAGUUAAAUAUUAGUCAGCGGGGGGGGGGGGACACACACCCAAAUGGAAACGGUCAUAAAUGACUGCUACCAUCAUAAAGAAAGGGAUGUGUAUUGUCCGACGCAGUUGACAGGAUGUGAAUUGUUUUGGAAGAUGUCUUUAAAUAAAAUCCUCUUUUUCAAAUGA